AUGAUCAUGGGGUCGAUCAGCUUUUUCCCGAAUCGUGAAGAAAUAAUAGUACUCGCAGUAUUCCUGUUUAUUUUUUAUUAUUUAGUCUUUGCAAUCUACAAUCUUUACUUCUCACCAUUAUCCAAGUUUCCAGGUCCAAAACGUCUGGCGAUCUCAAGAUUACCCCUGAUACGAUACGUAAUUCUUGGAACCACUUACAAAUAUCUGGAUGAACUACAUGAAAAAUAUGGACCAGUGGUUCGAAUUGCUCCAGAUGAACUUACUACUAUUUCUCCUGAGGCCUGGAAAGAUGUGUACACCAGAAGACCGCAAAUGGCAAAAGAUCCAUUCAGCAUGACACCUCCUAUGAAUGGCGCGGAGUCAUUAUUCACAGCCACUGGUGAUACUCAUGUUCGUAUUCGACGAAAUUUUGCCAAUGCUUUUUCUGACAAAGCACUUCGAGAGCAAAGCAAGAUCAUCGAGGGAUACAUAGCGCUGUUACUUCAGAGAUUGAGACGUGAAACAAUGAAAAGUCCUAAUGGGGAAGUUGAUCUAGCAAAAUUCUUUGGAUAUCUAUCACUGGACAUAUAUGCUGAUCUCAUGUUCGGAGAAUCUUUUCAUGGUCUUGAAGGAGAUAAUGAGCAUUCGUGGAUUUUGGGAUUCUUUUUGGGUGCCAAAUUUGGAUCCGUAAGAAACAGUAUUCAAAGAUUUCAUCCACUCGAAGUCAUAUUUGGUUGGUUGUUCCUCCGAUUGACUGCAAAGAUGAGAGCACAAAAUUGGAAAUUGGCAACGGAUAGAAUUACCAAUCGAUUAGAGAUGGGAGAUCUGGGAGCCGAAAGAUCUGAUUUCGUUAGCCCUAUCAUUGGGAAUGUCAAUGAAUCGGAAGGUGGAAAAGGUAUAACGAGGAAGGAGUUGAAUACCAAUGGUCUUGCUAUUGUGAUAGCAGGAUGUCAGUUGCCCACUGUUGCGUUGGCUACGGCUUGUUAUUUCUUGAUGAGAUAUCCACGAACAAUGAGGAGAUUGACUGAAGAAGUAAAGUCAUAUUACUCGGAAGAAAAGAGUAUCAAUGUUCAAUCGACAUCAGAAUUGCCUUAUUUGGAAGCAGUCAUAAAUGAGACAUUGAGAAUUCAUCACCCGACACCAAUUCACCUACCUAGGAAUGUUCCCCCUGAAGGUGCAGCUGUCGCAGGUCAAUGGGUACCAGGUGGAAGUGUAAUCGGCAUAGCAAUGCAGACAGCUCAAACUUCGCCCUUGAAUUUCUUUGAACCGAAAGUAUUUCACCCAGAACGUUUUCUUCCAAAGCACCACCCUUUAUAUGAUGAUCGAUUUGAAAGGGAUCAAAAAGAAGCGUUCAAGCCCUUUUCAGCGGGUCCAAGAAACUGUAUGGGAGGAAAAACAUUCCUGGCCCAAGCCCGAGUAACACUAGCUAGAAUGAUAUGGAAUUUCGAGAUGGAGUUGGUAGAUAAGAAUGACUGGAACUGGACUGAUCAGCGAGCGUACCUUGUAUUUGAACCAAAAGCUUUACAUGUGAAGUUGAAGGAGAGGGAGGUCUGA